UCUUCCACAAACAACCAGCGCCGGUGUUGAAGAUGACCCACUUCAGGGGACUGCUGCUGCUGCUGGGCGUGCUGUUGUGCGGCGUGCAGGGUGGCGUUUUAGUGGCCAAAAACACGGCCCGAAACUUGAAUCGUCUACGGAACUUGCAACCGGACGAGCUGGCCGAGGAGCUGAGCGGUCAGUUCGAGGGUGACAUGGUGCUGAGCGAGGAACAGGAGCGCGAGAUCCUGAGCAACAAGCGAAACGGUCUGAUUGCAACCAACUUCCGCUGGCCGGACAAUACCGUUCCGGUGCUGAUCGUUGAAGAGGAUUUCACUCCCGAGCAGGUCGAACACAUUCACCGUGGGCUGCGGCAGCUCGAGUCCGUUACCUGCCUCCGGUUUGUGCCACGUCAGGAGGCGCACACGGAUCACGUGCGCGUUAUCGGUACCGGGUCCGGAUGUUACUCGUCCGUAGGCCAUCGGGGCGGAGAGCAAACGGUGAACUUUGAGCCGUACGCGGUCGACACCGGCUGCUUCCGGUUGGCCACGAUCGUGCACGAGUUUCUGCACACGCUCGGGUUCUACCACCAGCAGAGUGCCAGCGAUCGGGACGAGUUCGUGGAGAUCGUUUGGGACAACAUCGAGGAGGGCAAGGAGCACAACUUUAAUAUCUACACGAAGGAUACGGUUACGGACUUUAAUGUUCGCUACGACUACGGCAGUGUGAUGCACUACAGCUCGACGGCAUUCAGCAAAAACGGCGAGCGGACGAUUGUGCCGAAGGAUCCUAACGCCAACAUCGGCCAACGGGUGGCCAUGAGCGAACGGGACAUUUCCAAGGUGAACCACAUGUACCGGUGCAUGAGCAAAGACUAAGGGAAUCAGCCAAAGACCUGGGGCAGCG